AACAAUUGGACAGAAUUGAAGAAGGAAUGGAUCAAAUAAACGCUGAUAUGAGGGAAGCUGAAAAAAAUUUGAGUGGAAUGGAAAAAUGUUGCGGAAUUUGUGUUCUGCCCUGCAAUAAGAGCCAAUCAUUUAAAGAAGAUGAUGGAACAUGGAAAGGCAAUGACGAUGGAAAGGUCGUAAACAAUCAACCUCAAAGGGUUAUGGACGAUAGAAAUGGAAUGAUGGCCCAAGCAGGAUAUAUAGGAAGAAUAACAAAUGACGCUCGUGAAGAUGAGAUGGAGGAAAAUGUAGGUCAAGUGAACACCAUGAUCGGAAAUCUUCGGAAUAUGGCAUUAGAUAUGGGAUCCGAGCUGGAAAACCAAAACAGACAAAUCGAUCGAAUAAAUCGAAAG